AUGUUGUUCCCAGCCCUGCGCAAAGGCCACCUAAUUGAUUGAACGGGGACCGUGUUUUUUUCUUUUUAAAUAAAUUGCUAAAGUAAUCAAAUAAAAUGUGUGACUACAAGAUUUCGGAUCGCGCAUACACAAAGCUGAUAUUCCAUGCUGCCAAAUAUCCCCACCAGGCUGUGAACGGGCUGCUGCUGGCCGAUAAGACAUCGAAAGGGUCGCUGUUGGAAAUCGUGGAUGCAAUCCCGCUGUUUCAUCAAUGCCUGCACGUCACCCCCAUGGCAGAGGUUGCCCUUAUGCAGAUUGAUGCCUAUGCAGAGCAGGAAGGCCUCGUGAUUGCCGGAUAUUACGCGGCUCCGGAGAACUUCUACGACAACCAGAUAGACAAAGCGCCUGCCGUAAAGAUCGCCGAUAAGAUCCAGGAUAACUUCAAGAACGCCUGCCUCGUUUUGGUUGACAACAAGCUGGUGACUCUAGAACACGACCGUGCCGCCAUUCAGGUCUACACAUGUGCGGGCGACUCUGGCCGAUGGUCAAAGGCCAAGUUUACACUGUCACAGUCGGCACAGACCCUGGAGGGUGUCUCGCUGCUGCUAAAGCGCGGUGCCAUGCGCGACGUGAUUGACUUUGACAACCACCUGGACAACCCAGAGAAUGAUUGGACCAACGAUUUUCUCAACCAGUCCCUGAACGACCUGCAGAAGCUAUACUAGUCCCGGUCGCCCCACUUGGUAAAAGGGUAAAAACCCUAUUGUAACCAUAUGUAUGUUAUAGUUUAGCUAAUUCGCAUUAGAACGAGCACAGAGAAGCAGAGCCGGAAAUUCAACCUUUGCAAUUUAAUUUAUUGUAAUUACAAUUUGGGUUUCAGUAAUCUUUAGAAUAAUGCAUAUAAGUUAAAUAACAUUCAACUAAUUAAUAAAUAAUCAAUUCUUUCA